GGCAGGAGCAGCAGACACCGCCGCGCGUGGAAGCCCCUCUCCCGGGGCGGCGGGGCGCAGGGCGGAGCGCGGCAGCGGCUGGGGAGGAAGGUUCCUUUGUGGCAGCUCAGGGGCAGAGCCGCCCAGAGGGGCGAGUCUUGGCAUCUUUCUUAAUUCAGAAAAAGUAGUGGAGCGUGGUUCCUCUGAAAACCAGCUUACCUUGAACGCUUACAAUUUUUGAGGUUGCUGACUGUACUGAAGCACCUGCUGGUAACAGUCCACGCUUUGAAGAGGUGGGCUAAAUCACGACCAGGCCAGAGGGCUGAGUUACUGGAAGAGAGACACUGCAGUGACAGAGCGACUGUCGGCAGCGGGCGCCAGAACAAAAAACAGCUGCUUUGCUGCACCUGUCCAGAAGGGGUACCCUACUGAUAACUUGAGUGAGGACACUGAACUCAAAGAGCCAUAUCUUACUCCAAGAAAUAUCAUGGCUGAACCAGACUACAUAGAUGAAGACAACCCUGAACUAAUUAGACCUCAGAAACUAAUCAAUCCUGUGAAAUCAUCCCGGAAUCAUCAGGACCUUCACAGAGAGCUCCUUAUGAACCAGAAAAGGGGUCUUGCACCUCAGAAUAAACCAGAGUUGCAAAAGGUGAUGGAGAAAAGGAAAAGAGAUCAAGUUAUUAAACAACAAAAGGAAGAGGAAGCACAAAAGAAGAAAUCAGAUCUGGAAAUAGAGUUAAUGAAACGACAGCAGAAGCUGGAGCAGCUGGAACUUGAGAAACAGAAGCUCCAGGAGGAGCAGGAAAAUGCACCUGAAUUUGUUAAAGUCAAAGGCAACUUGAGGAGGACAGCCCAGGAAUUGGCAGACGCUCCAGACUCCUAGAGGAAAUACCUGCUAAGACUUUCAACGUUCCAGCAGUGGCUGCAGAGAGAGGCUUCUGCAAGUUGUCUGACUCCUUUGCCCUGGACAGGGAAGAUAUACGGCAUUCCGGUGACGUUUACCGAAGAUGGGUUUUGAAUUCCUGGAACCUGUGUGGAUUAAAAGUCUGCAACAUAAACAGAUUAAACUCGCCAAACACAGUACUGAGACCAGGGGAUCAGCAGCCCGUUUUCAUGUCAGGAUUAUGGACAUGUCUGAAGUGCUUAAUGAGAGACUUAAACCAGGGACACUAGAGAAACCCUUUGAGUGUUGCACUGCUUGGUUUCUUCUGAUCCCAGUUUAGUGGAGACAUCAAGCUUAUAUUCUGCCCUUUUUUUUUUUUUUUUUUAAUUCUCUGGUCAUAUUUUAUGGAACUUUGCUGUGCAGGGAAGUUCUCUCUUUCUGUCCCUUCAGUCUGUGUAAACUCCAUUUUGAAAAUGUGGGUUCCUGCAUUUAAUUUUAAUGGGGGUUAAAUGUAGAGUGGAGUGGUGUGUCCUGGUCAUUGCUGGGCAUCUGCACUGGCUGUUACCACUGGGAAAAUUGGUGCAAAGAUAUAGGAAUGUUGAAAAUUCCAGGGCACUGAAAAAGCUAAAAAAAGUUUUUAGGACCAAAUUCUGUCUUUGGAGGUGCAUGUAGAAUUUGGCUCUUGAGAGUGCAAAAAUUGGAAUAUUUCCUCACCUGGGCAAAAAUCAAAGGCUGAUUUUCCCCUCUCAUCUCAAACGCUUCCCUUGCUCCCACCCCAGUAGAGCAAUUACACUGUACAGGCCCAUGUACAAGCGUACCUUUUUCCUUCAACUCUUAGUGGAAAAUGAUGCAUCCUCUAGUUUUUAUGUUCUUAAAGACUGCUUGGUUUGCUGGCGUGGUCUUUCUCCUCUGGGACCUACAGAUCUAAACUCAGUGUUAACAGAUCAGUAGCAUUAAACUCACAGGACUGACUACGAUCAUUUGAACUAAGGGGCUUGCUCAGAGCACCUUGAAGACAAUGGGAAUGCUGUGCACGGAUCAGCUACAGAAUCAGAUUUAAAUGAGACCAAACUAGCCCUCCAAGGCCACUGAAAUGAGAAACUUUCCCUAAUGUUAGAUAAGCUCUGACUUCUCUCCCAUCUUUUCUCUUGUCUCAUGAAAUAAGGGAAUCAAGUUAUCACGGAGUCUUAGGACCAUAUUCUGUCCCCUACACGUAGCCCUAUUGACUUGCCACCGAGUAAGAUGGAACUCGGUCUGAGUAAGGGUGACAGAAUCUGACCCUUAGUGCUCAUGACAACUACUCAUCCCCUCUCAGGAAAGCCUGGAGUUGGGGAGGAGACUGCUUAUGAAGGACCAGAGCCCCCGCUCAGUUACGUGUGCACACUACCAAUGCCUUCAUGGGAGGGAUGCCUAUCCAACUCGCUCAUCGUCUUUGCCCUAGAGCGCUAAACAGAAAUAAAUGCUCCUUUGUAAUUACAUCUGAGCUAACUGCUUGAGAAUAUUUUCUCUUAACCUCAGCAGUGUGUGCGCAAGAUGCUGUUUUUCUCUCUUGUUUUUCCCAGGGUACUGGAAAUUUAAAUACAAUUUCAGUAUUGGACUUGGGACAUAGCAUUCACAAUUAACAGGGUUUCUUAGGCAUAUCCUUCAAGUUGUCAAGAUCAAGUUUUUUUUUUUUAUGAUGACACAAUUAGAUUAGAAGUAAAUUAAAUUUUGGGAAACUUGUUACCAUUGACUUAGCUUGACAUUGCAGUUCACAUUUAGAAGAUUAAAUGUUACAAGUGGUUUACAGAGCUGUUCAGGCUGUGGUCAUACAAAAGUCAAAGGCGAAAUGUAAGUCGUUUUGUAAACUCUACCAUAUUGUAUUUUUGGGAAACAGGACCGUAACUGCUGCAGGUUUUUUUCCCCUGUGCCUUUCUUGCUUUGGAAGAAGGUCUUCCUUUCUAGCAGCCAGUCAUUCAAACACACACUCUGACUGGAUUUGCCUCUUGUCUUUUGUCCAGACAGCCCUAGGCUCCAGUUUUCUGUUCUGCGUGUCCCCCCCGUACAAGGGCAGUGGAAAAUACUCCUUUAGAAAUGGUACCUUGAUGCUGAGCCACUGCUGUUUAUCUUUCUCACCCACUCCCUGCCUUGUGACCUCCUUCAGGUCUGCUGGAUUCCACUUCCACAGCCAGCCUGAAGUCUUCAGAAAUUGAGGCGACAACCUCAUUUUGCUUGACCAGCACAUUGCUUCAGACGAAGCUCAACCUCUGCCAUUUCACCUCAACGUAUGUGGCAACCCAAACUCAGAUCUAAACCAAAUAGGGCCUAAUCCAAAGCGUGCUGAAGUCUGUGGAGAAGGCUUCCCAUUGACUUCAGUGGACUUUGGCUCAGACCUUAUUGGGAAUAUAGGAUGGACAUUUUCCACUUCCCAUUCGUGUUGGUGUAACCAGUUGACUUGCGGUUAAAGGUAGAGCGUCUCUUUCUAAAAGACGGAAGGUCUGAAUACGUCUUGCACGUACAGCGUGAAGUAAUUUUAAAAAAAAAUCAAAUUCUGCAUUACUAGACUAAAUAUCAGUAGAAUGACAAUGUUUUGUUUUAAAUAUCUUAGAAUUCUGCUGCACUUUGUCUAGGAACCCAAAAGUCAAUUUCAUGUGGCUCUGGCAGGCAAAACUCUGGGUUUUUUUAAAUCAGGUUCAACGUUGGUUUAGAUGAUGCAGCCCUUAGAUAGGUGACCAGUUUGUCACACCAGAAAUCCCAUUCAGUCCAGAGGCUACUUAUGUGAAUAUCUGCUCACCAGUGUGAGGAAAGGGAUUUGUGAUCUGGUCCUUAGUUACAUGAAAUUUUAAGCAAUCCUCUGUGUUUUCAUUGAGCUAUCUUCUUGAAUUAAAGGUGUCUCACUUUUACCAAUUUCUGUCUGUAAUAGGGCUGGACAGUUUGGUGAUUUUUUUAAAAACCCUUGCUUUUUGUUAGUAAAUGUAGGAUUUCUUUCUAGUUCUGAAAGCUGGCUUUAACCUUCUGUUAAUAUCUGUUCUUGUUUGAGUGUACAUAUAUAAAUAUAUAUAAAUAUAAAAAGG